AUGCCAAGAAUUGCUACCACUUCUAUCCACGGAGGUAAUGAAGCUCACAGAGUGUCUGACGUGAUUCCUCCAAUUAACAUUACCACAACUUUUAGAUACGACUCUGAUCCCGAGAAGCUUCAUCCAGUCCAGGUCGAUGAGAACGGAAAUGAAGUUGAGUUAGCAGACGAAAUCGUCUACUCGCGUUUGGCACAUCCGAAUGGUGUGAUCAUCGAGAAAAUCGUGGGUAAGCUCACCAACUCCCAUGCUGUAGUAUAUUCGUCUGGUCUUGGUGCUUUCCACGCUGCUAUGACCCAUUUUAAUCCUAAGAAGUUGGCCAUUGGAAAGAGUUACCACGGCUGUCAUGGAAUCGCCAACAUUUUAUCUAGAAACUAUGGCUUGGAGCAAGUUUCCUUGGCUGAUGAGGACUUGGACAAAUUGGGCAAGGGUGAUGUGAUCCACAUCGAGACUCCCGUUAACCCAGAGUCCUGGUGUUAUGACAUUCAAUAUUUUGCCGACAAAGCACACUCCAAGGGUGCAUUUUUGCUUGUGGACUCGACAUUCGCUCCCCUCCAGGACCCAUUUGCUUUUGGCGCAGAUAUGGUAAUGCACUCGGCCACCAAGUAUUUUGGCGGCCACUCGGAUUUGCUUUCUGGCCUUUUGUUGACAAAAAAUGAAGAUAUCAAGACCCAAUUGUUCCAUGAUAGAAUCUACUUGGGCACCAAUAUUGGAAAUUUAGAGGCUGCCUUGCUUAUCCGAAGCUUGAAGACGUUCGAAUUGCGUGUUAGACAGCAAAGCAAGUCGGCAACACAGUUGGUCGCCUACUUGAAUGAAAACAGGGCCAAGUUCCCGAAGUUGACUAAAAUUCACCACUCUUCGUUGCAGAAGGAUGCCUUUGUGGAAAAGCAGGUUAGAGGUGUGCAUUCGCCUACCUUUUCCAUUGAGGUUGAGAGCGAGGAUUUUGCUAAGAGACUUCCUUCACGUUUGAAGUACUUUUUUCAUGCCACCUCUUUGGGAGGUGCCGAGAGUUUAAUAGAGUGGAGAUGUAUGACUGACGCCAGCGCUAGUCGUACAUUGUUGAGAGUGAGUAUUGGUCUUGAAGAUAUCGACGACUUGAUCGAAGAUUUCGAACAGGCACUUACACUGUAA